AAGGUUUCGAGUACAUUUGAAAACUAAAUUAAUGCUAGAACGAAGUAGAUUAGAGAACCCAUUGCUCCGCACGCCACAUUUUGAACACCCCUGCGAAAGCGAUUUCAUCUCAACCCAACCACCGAAACAGCAAUCAUCACGUUACACAGUGGGCUGCCAUCAGUGUCGCAAACAGUCAUUGAGAGAGCGUGAGAAUGGUAUGGAGUCAACCCGCACUCGAUAAUAUACACAAGCGAUCGCCGCAACAGACUCGACGACGACGACGACGACGUUGGUGUCCGUCUACACGAAAGAACAGGGAGCAUAAUCGUGUGAGAAGUUCGGCAGCAGAGAAACGCUUACGCUUAGCCUCGGCAGCAAACACGACGGAGCGAGCAAGAUAGAAAGCAUUGCUUCUCUUCACGCCGCUCUGAGUAAUUCGCACCAAUACUUUCGCGGACGGCAGUCAGAGGUGGGAACAGAGAAGUCAAGUCGAUGACGAGGAUCAGUUCCAUCUAGUGAGCAGGCCACAUCACACGGUAGAUCCACGUCGGCCGAGAACAAAAACCGUCUCCACCACAGUUUGCAGGAGGUAAAGCGCGUGGGUUUGGUGGAUCUACGAAAACUGAUAUUCUGGUCCCAAGUGAGUGUUAAUUAGAACCGUUAAACCCGUGUGGAAGUGAGCAAUUACGUCGUGGUCUGUGGACGGUCGUUGGUCCUCGCGAACAUCCAUAUUGGAUUGGCACAGUUGGGUGCUCGUCCGAUCCAGAGUGAAGCCUCUGAUCCGCCAUCUUAAAACAUCGAUUGGGGGAAUUUCCCACGUGUUUAAAAGCAAGUUUUUCCCACCUUUUGACGAGCGAUCCGGACAGAGCACUGACGUCCGUGCCAGCAGACCAGUGCUACAGUGUGGUCUCACCAGAUUGGGACAGUGACAGGAGAACACCGAGAUUGAUCAGCAAGGAAACCAACUGGUAAGAAAACCAGACACAGCCUUGGGCAACAGCACUGAUUGUUCUCGCUUCCACAGUUUGUACAGUGUCACCUCAUCGCAUUCGUACAGCGAAAGAGCAAGACCGCUCACGGAGUACCUUGGGCCGUCGCAAACGCGAACAUAAACCGUACUCUCGCUGGGUUCGACGGAAGGAAGAGCAAUCACCUCUGGACACCGCUCUAAGAGAUUCGAGGCCGCCAGCCGAAAGGCAUAAACAAAGCCUUCCACAGGAAGUAAGUGGAUUGGCCUGAUGCGAAGCCGGUCUAGAAGCUAACGUUGCGGCGCCUUAGGGCUUUGUUUUUUUUAUUCGCAGCUCAUCCAUCAACGGUUGGAGGCAACAGAUACUCAGAGGAAGCGAUUGCCCAGUAGCGACGAUUGGUCAGCAGCGAGCGGAAUCGGGACGAGUGGGCACACGAAUCGCGGGUGUCGGCUGUACCAACGGAUACCACCGAACAACACUCCACCAGGAGAGCCGCCGGGGGAGUUAGGCCCUGGCAAAGGCGGAUCGAAACGGAUCCGAGGACACCGGCGCGACGCUGGCACGGCGGGGUUUGAACCAUGCGCAGGAGGGUGACGCCGGCGAUGAUGGCUGCGGGCGGAGCAGCAAUGUGGUAGGGGCGCCCCAAGAGUGAGUACAGAGAAAAUGUAUAAUUAGAAUGUAAGAGGAAUAGCUAGAGAAAAGAAAGGAUAAGCAAGGAAGGAUAGGAAGAGGAGGCAGGAUGAUUAGGAGGAGGAAUCCAGAAUAAAUGUAAUUUCUGAAAAUUCUUUGCUUUGUGGAUUUUGAUUUCAGUUUUGUGGCUUUUCCCUGAGCUCUUCGGGACUGCUGAGGGCUUCCAUUCCCCCCUUAGCAGGAAUCUUGCAACAUUGGCGCCCAACUGAAAAUCCACACAUUAUGAACUACCGUUUAGCGUUUUGAGUUUUGGUUUUGUUGAGAUUUGGUUUUGUGCAAUUUCGAUUAUCCGGCCUACGAUUAUCGAAACAAUUUUAGCCCUUACGCAUAUAAGAUUCUACAUAAGACAUGGAUUACACACACUUAACAGAUGAGGAGGUGACGUAUGAGUUGGCUCUGCGUCACGUGGUAAAUUUAGGGCCUACCACCCACAGAGGAAAGGUCCUCCGUCUAAAGGCACUCGUCCAGGAGGAAGCCUUAAGAGAUAACCAGCCCACUAGCUCAGCCCAUGUAAUGAGUCCACAGUCCAACAUUGAACACUGUGAAACUCAAAUACAGCAGCUGCACAUUAGCACUGAAGCGGCCAUUCGAACAGCCGAUAAGGCUGCAAUCAGUCAAAACCGAACGCGUCUUACCCACUAUCGCGACAGAUUACGAUUAAUCCACCCUCCGGUCGAACUGAGAGAGCUGCAUGGGAUGCUAACCAUGCACGUGACGGUUUUGCUCAACAAAGUGAACGGUACUAGUGUAGUGAGUUGUGUGCAACGAGGUUAGAAUAAGGAGAACCACACAAGUUCAACGGGUGCCAUAAGAAGAAGCAACAACGAAGAGGAAGGAGCAGUCGGUGGAACGGCGGAUGCCACGAUCCCAGUGGGCAACCAUUCAAAUCAAGAAUCCACGCCACCGCCAGCCUCACAGCCGCCUUCAAUGACGUCAUUCUCCGGCGGACAAGGACGAGGAUUGCUAUUUUCUAGCUCAUUCCGAGCGCGAGACAACGAAGACGCAGGGGAGACACAGCCUAGACAACGGAACACCUCACCACCGCCUCCCUAUCUUCCCCGGGAGCGAGAAAUAUGGAACCGGCCAGCCCCAGAAGCACAGUCACGAGAAGUUCAGGAGCUGCAAGCGAGAAUAGCGGAGAUGCAGGAAAGAGAACAGCGGACGCGUGAAGAAAACUAUCGAAUGCGAGACGACCUUGAGCGGCUAAUCCGGCGAGAUCGACCAGCACCGGAACGAGCGGACGAUCGCCGAAUACAGAAGGCGGUACACAACUGGCCUUUCAAAUUUCGCGGCGAAAAGGACACGACAUCACUCAACGUGUUCCUAGAUCGCGUGGAGACAUUCGCGAGGUCGGAAGGCAUGAGCGAUGCCACACUCCUGAGUUCGAUCAAGCAUCUACUCCAGGAGGACGCAAUCGACUGGUACUCGCGAGCAACAUCGCAAAACCUGUUGCGGACCUGGGACCAAUUCAAGCGGGAGAUCAGAAGGGAAUUCCUGCCCAGCGGAUACUCCCAAAUUCUGCGUCUGGAAGCCAGCUUUCGAUUUCAAGGAAGGGAGGAAUCCUUUGCGAAGUUCUACCGAGAUAUCUCAGCGCUCUUCCGCUUCGUCGAUCCACCCAUUCCAGACGACGAAAAGUUCUUCCUGGUGAAGAAAAACAUGAACGAGAACUACGCAGCCAUCGUCACAGCAGCGAGGCCUCGUUCACUGGAAGAAAUGGUAGAAGUCUGCACCGGAUACGACGAGACGAGGAUGCUUCUGAACAGACAACGCAGGAUUCCCAUUCCGCACAGCGCGCUUCUGGAACCGAACUUCGCUACGCCAGUAGUAACCAGCAGACCACCACCGAUUCAGCAUCACCAACAGCCACAGCGGUUCAACAGAGUUCACGCCGUGGAGGUAGAAGAAAGCGCAUUCGAGCACGAAGCAGCGGAGGAAGGACCAGAAGACAAUUGGCAGCACAACAUCGACGAACUGGUGGAGCAAGUCAACGCGUUGAAGUUGAACAUUGAGCGGAGAUCUGCAAGACCAAGCUUUGCCGCACGCGACGAAAAACAGCCAAGGACAACGGAUAGGUACAACCGGACAGAGGCUGACGUCCUGCGAGCAGCGCGGCAGUACACAAGAGAUGCGCAAACCGCGGCACAGCAGCAGCGGCCGCAAACCGCAUCGUACCAGACUCGGCUACCACAACAACAGCAAGAACAGCCGCAAAGAGCACAGGGCUGGCAAGCACGACAGUGGAUGCCAAGCUCGGAUCAGAGCGACAAUAACCGAAGAAGCCAACGUCUGCUGCCAGAACCAGCCCGGCAACGGGAAGAUCGCCAGAUACAACAGGAAGAAGCUCCGAACGGCCAACGAAUAGCAAUGCUUUGCUGGAACUGCGACGAGGAGGGUUACAGAUUCAUGGACUGUCCGAAGCCACAAGCCAUCCUAUUCUGCUACCGUUGUGGAAGGAAAGGCUACUCGUUGCGCAGUUGCUUCACGUGCCGCAUGGAUGCGGUAAACUACCAAGCGGAGAACCAGCAGUAG